CGAGCGUCCCCGGCUCUCCUCUACCGAAGCCGACGCGAAUGCCGGAACCGCAGGCCAUCCUCCCGCUCCGCGCGCUGCCGCCGGACGCGCCGCUCCCCUUCCCCCCGCCGUUCCACCACCAGACCCCUGCCACCCCCGCCGCCACGGCCACGGCCAACGCCAGCGCCACCCCGACCCCUCCCCCGGCCACGCCCCCGAACCCGACNCCUCCCCCGGUCACGCAUCCCCACCCCUCGUCCUCCACGCGGCUGCCGCACCCAUGGGAGAUCGCCGCGCGCGCCUGGCUCGAGUCCUUCCCCGACGGCCGCCCUCCCACCGAGCCCGAGGUCGACGCCUACAUCGACGCCCACCGCCCCGAGCUCCCAUCCCUCCCCCGUUCCCAGCUCCACCAGCGCCUCCUCGCGCUCCGCGGCGACCAGGUUUUAGAUCCAGACCAAAGUGCAUUCCCAUACAGGUUCCAGCGAACUGAUCUAUGGAAGCCUGUGUAUCAGUGGUUGGAAACUCUUGAGAUGGACUCGCUAGUUACAUCAAAGCAGAUAUCGGACUGGCUUGCAUCGAACCCACAGGUGAUGGAUAGGCUGGUUGAGAAGCAUUCCAAGUAUCAUCUGAUACACUACAGCCAGCGGAUGCACUUGAAAUUGCUCAAGAAGAGAGGGAAGUUGCCAAAGACUCUACAACUUUCUGCGGCUAGAGCCACAUUCCAGCCAAGUGCUGUUCCAGUUGCCCCACCAGAAAGUGUGGCGACCUUACCGAAAUCUCUACCUCCGGCAACAGGUGGAUUUCCAGGUGGCAAUGCAAGCAUAUCUCCAGGUGGCAGUGCAAACAGAUCUCCAGGUGUCAGUGCAAGCAGACUUCCAGGUGGCAGUACACCAAUAAAGGACAAAAAUAUGUCUUUGUCCAAAAAGAAAGAAGCUCUCUUCAAAUAUGAACUUUUGACAGAUUUGCAGAAUCAAUUGACCAGUCGUACUGUCGCCAUUAAAGAUACAGAUUCACUGUAUAUGGAUAUUCAAAAGCCAGAGACCAACAUAUUAUGUAUACAAGAAGGGGCAACUACUGCAAGCGCAUCAAACCCUGCAGAUGUGCCAAAGAUUUAUGUCAAUGAACAGCCGAACGCAGGGGGAGUAGUGGAGAGUGAAUUUGGCCAAAAGAGAAAGAGAAACCCAAUCAUUGUUACACCAGCGUGGUGUUACAGUGAAGCUGCAACAGGAACGUCGGAGCGUGAACAGAAUUCUAGUUCAUAUAGUGAUGGUGCGAGAAGUUUUAAUAUAUGGAAGGGACAUGUUAAUCCAUCGUCUACACAGAGAUCUAUAAAGAAAAAUCUAUUGUUCUGCCUAGAGGGGCGUGAAAUCGGUAGCAACUGGUCUCAAGUUUGUUCUUAUGGAGGUUAUGCUGGAAGGAACCGUGAAAGAUGGACCCCAUUUCUUGAAGGAUGGAAUUCACCCGCAGUUCAGUUUGAAGGGCCUGCGGUACAAGCUGUAAGAAAAAGUUACCUAUCUUGGAAUGCAACUUCAUGUGCUUAUACAUCAAGUGCUCCUUCUGCUCAGCCUCAUGACAGGCAAGGUGUACGCAAAGUUCUUGAUGUAAAAUUUCACCCAGAAGGGUUGCCCCAGCUUGUUUCUUGCUCUAAUGAGGCACCAAAUGAAUUAUUGCUUUUCAAUCUUCUUUCUGGGAGGGCUAUUCAACUUAGAGGCCACAAUACUAAGAUCCAGUCAACCUCAUUUGCGGUUAAAGGAGCAAGCGUUGUAUCUUGUGGUUCUAAUUUACUGAAGGUAUGGGACUGCAUAACGGGCUCUUGCCUCUACACCCUGGGUGGCGAUGACCAAAAUUCAGUGGGGCAUACUCAAAAAAUCAAUGCUAUGGCAGUGAAUAAGUGGCAGUCCUGUCUGGUUGUCACUAGUGGAGCAAAAGGUGAUGGGAAGCUUCUACUAUGGAAUGCUCUGAGAGGUGAACUCGCUUCUGAUCUGAAUUCAAACCUGAGGUCACAGGAUAUGGUGUAUCCUUCGAUUGAUACAAUGGAGUUCUGUAGCGAGAAUCUUCUGGCAUGUGGAAGUGACUGCGAUUAUGGUGGCUCAGCUGUGGUACAACUAUGGGAUAUUGAGUCUCCAGAAUCUUACUUAUCUUUCUCUGCAAGCGAUUCGUAUAUUACUUCCCUUAAAAUCAAUCUUGCUGGCAACACUAUCAUUACAGGUUCUGGUGAUGGGACUAUUGGUUUAUUUGACAUCCGUGCUUGUUCUGCAAUUAAUCAUUUGUCGGUGGGGUCUGGUUCUGAGGUUACAUCUGUUUCAUUUAGCAACUGUGGUACCUAUUUUUCUGCCUCUAGCACAUCAAAUAACACUUUGGUUUGGGAUACAAGACUAGUUCCACUAAGUCACACCAGGGAUGCUUUGCGAAGCAAAGACAUGCGUUUUUUCCGGCCUUUACAUUGCUUGAGCCAUGGCAAGCAGAUGCCAACUGCAGAAUAUACGAGCCAACUACCAGGUCAUGUCGAUGAGGGUGAUCAGGGGGUAAACGCCACACAGUGGUUGCAUAAUCAACCUGUCCUUGUUACUGCAAGCGGUGAUGGCAGCGUUGGAAUGUGGGAUGUUACUCUAGGCAAGCCUUGUGUCAGACAUAUCGUCACUCAUAAUCGAUGUGCCAACGCUGUUGCUGUAGCCCCCAAUGAUGAAUACAUCUCCACAGGAGGAAGUGACCAAAAAGUUGUUUUGUAUCAUAAUAGAAAUGGGUGUGCACAUCUUAAUUGGCGUCUUACGUACCCUCUGCCUGGAACUGAUUAAUAUGCUGCCAGAAAUUGUGCGAUGAUUGCAUUAAUUCUGAGUUCUCUGAAAUAGGUUGUUGAUCUACAGAAGAAACUCUGUGGCUUGAAAAGGAGGUAGAGCGAUGGCUGUUAUUGAAGCCUCUGCUGGAUGGACGACUGCAGCCUGUGUUGGGCCUUGAUAUAAAUGAAUUGUCAUUCCUCUUUACAAGUUGAGUCUGUACCUUUUUAUUCUCCUGUAAAGAGAAUUUAUCAACCUGACUGGUGAUAGUUUUCUAAUCUUAGUGAAACGUUAACACAGUUAUGAGCCAUAUUAGGCAACUCCCUGUAACACCGAUUGAGCAAUAGCUACUCACCCGUUGCCUGCA